AUGCUUUCUUUUACUUCAAGAUAUCUUAAGUUUCUCCUUUUCGACUUCUUUAUUUUCCACUGUAGUUUCUCACUUUUAUUCUUUAAUCAAUCAUUUCCAUAUUUAUACUCUUUCUCUUUUCUUUUUUUCUCGUUUGCUCUUUACCCGUUCUCUUACUUUUCAUUAAUAGUUUUUCUCCAUUUUCUUUUCUCCCUUUCUCUUCUUUUCAUUUUCUCCCUUUGUCCUCCUUUCCUUUUCUCCCUUUCUCUUCUUUUCCUUUUCUCCAUUUCUCCCACUUUCCUUUUCUCCCACUUUCCUUUUCUCCCUUUCUCUUACUUUCCUUUUCUCCCUUUCUCCUCCUUUCCUUUUCUCCCUUUCUCUCCUUUUCAUUUUCUCCCUUUCUCCCACUUUCCUUUUCUCCCUUUCUCUUCUUUUCCUUUUCUCCCUUUCUCUUCUUUUCCUUUUCUCCAUUUCUCCCUCUUUCCUUUUCUCCCUUUCUCUUACUAUCCUUUUCUCCCUUUCUCCUCCUUUCCUUUUCUCCCUUUCUCUUCUUUUCAUUUUCUCCCUUUCUCUUCCUUUCCUUUUCUCCCUUUCUCUUCCUUUCCUUUCUCCCUUUCUCUUCCUUUAUAUUCCUUUCCUUUUCUCCCUUUCUCCUCCUUUCCUUAUCUUCCAUUCUCUCCUUUUCAUUUUCUCCCUUUCUCUCCUUUUCAUUUUCUCGCUUUCUCUUCCUUUCCUUUUCUCCCUUUCUCUUCCUUUCCUUUUCUCCCUUUCUCUUCCUUUCCUUUUCUCCCUUUCUCUCCUUUUCCUUUUCUCCCUUUCUCUCCUUUUCCUUUUCUCCCUUUCUCUUCCUUUCAAUUUCUCCCUUUCUCUUCCUUUACUUAUCUCCCCUUCUCUCCUUUUCCUUUUCUCCCUUUCUCUUCCUUUACUUUUCUCGUUUUUGCUUCUUUUCUUUUUCUCACCUUCUCUUCUUUUCGUUUACUUAUUUCCUUUUCCUUUUCUUUCCUUUUCUUUCUUUUUCUUCCUUUCCUUUUCACCCAUUCUCUUCUUUUCAUUUUCUCCCGUUCUCUUCCUUUACUUUUCUCUCUUUCUCUUCCUUUCAUUUUCUUCCUUUACUUCCACUUCUUUUCAUUUUCUCACUAUCUCCUCCCUUUCUUUUCUCUCUUUCUCUUCCUUUACUUUUCUCCCGUUCCCUUUUUUGGCUUUUUUUCCCUUUCUUUACUGGUUUUCUUUUCCUUUCCUUUUCUCGCUUUCUCUUCUUUAGCUUCUUCUUUUCUUAAAAUUUCCUAUUUUGAUUUUCGUUGUUUAAACAGCCUUAUUUUAUUUUUUAUAUGCACAGAAUUAAUAUGCACUGAAUAA